AGCAGGGUGGAGCUUAUUUAGGAGCACUCCUGCGAACACACCACUUAGGUGCCAGUUUUCCCAGAGAGCAGAAGAGAACCUUUCAGCUUUCCUUUUUUGCGAUAUAGUUGAAUGAUGAUGCCUUUUUAUUCUGCCAAGAAAGAAUUUGAUGAAUCUGUGUCCUAGUAUUCAGAUUCGGUCAUUUCUUGCUGCUACAGUUUCUUCUUUAAAGCAUUUGGAGCUUUUUAAAGGUUUCCCAGACCUUGCUAAUUAGUAUCCACAGUGCGUUUUAAGAAUGUGAAAGGAAUAUUCAAUUUUAAAGUUUCUCCACAAAGUAUUUAUUGAAGUGUUGCAACAGGUUAUGAUCUGGCAGGGGAAAAAAAAAAAAAAAAAGAAAGGAUUCAUAGGACUUGACUUUAAGAGCAACAGCAGGCAUUAGCUGUAAUGCUGGAGAGCCACUGUAGAGGGUCAAGCACGUCGUAACAAAAAACAGCUAUUUUGGAGAGAAUUAUGGUUUAGACUUUCCCAUGUUAGCCAUGGAUGUAGCGCUUUCACCCAUGAGAACUCAAGAACUAGAUCCCAUGUCAUCUGAUACAUCCCCCAUGCUUAUAAACAUGACUCCUACAGUGGAACAAGAUGGGCAAAAGGAUGUCAUGAAGGAGCUUGAUUCUGGACAGCAGUAUGAAAAGCCUCCUCCUCUACACACUGGGGCUGAUUGGAAGAUUGUUCUCCAUUUGCCAGAGAUUGAGACUUGGCUUCGGAUGACAUCUGAAAGAGUCAGGGAUCUGACCUACUCUGUCCAGCAGGACUCAGAUAGCAAGCAUGUGGAUGUACAUCUAGUACAACUGAAGGAUAUUUGUGAAGAUAUAUCUGAUCACGUUGAACAAAUUCAUGCUCUACUAGAGACUGAGUUUUCCCUGAAGCUUCUGUCUUACUCUGUCAAUGUGAUAGUCGAUAUCCAUACAGUACAACUACUCUGGCACCAGCUCCGUGUUUCUGUUCUGGUUCUGAGGGAGCGUAUUCUCCAGGGACUACAAGACGCCAAUGGAAACUACACUAGGCAAACUGAUAUUCUGCAAGCAUUUUCUGAAGAGACUAAGGAGGACCGCCUUGACUCUUUAACUGAAGUUGAUGAUUCUGGACAGUUAACCAUCAAAUGUUCUCAAAAUUACUUGUCAUUGGAUUGUGGUAUUACUGCAUUUGAACUAUCUGACUACAGUCCCAGCGAGGAAUUGCUUGGUGCUCUGGAUGAUAUGACCUCCAGCCAAGGGAAAGCAAAAUCACUUGAAUCCUGGAACUACAGUGAGAUGGAUAAGGACUUUCCAGGACUUAUCAGAAGUGUGGGUUUACUUGCAGUAGCAACUGAUUCCGUUGCUUCCCAGUAUAAUGAAGCAUUAAAUGAGAAAGAAACCCACAUACCUCUUUUAGAUGAAGAUGGGAAAGAAAGAAAAGAUGGAAAAGCAUCACAUGAACUCUCACUAGUAUCUCCUUCUGCAACCUCCUCUCUUUCUAAAGGACCUUGCUCUGAAGAUGAUGUUUUACCUACUGACAGCAAAUCAAUUUCCACAUUAAGGAAACCAGAAUGCAAUCUUCCACCGGACAGCAGUGAAAAAAUCAAACACUCUCACUCUGAAAACUCAACUCCUAAGAGGUCCAUAAGAGACUGCUUUAACUAUAAUGAAGAUUCCCCUACACAGCCUACAUUGCCAAAAAGAGGUCUAUUUCUGAAAGAUGAUGUGUUUAAAGAUUUUGUGGAAGCCAAUGAUUUGAAAAGGCAAAUCUCUCAGAUAGUUAAAAAUGAAAUAAGUAGAAGUACACCCUCAUUGUUAGAUCCACCAGACAGAUCCAAGCUUUGCCUAGUUUUACAGUCACCUUACACUAACAGUCCAUCUGCAGUUAGUCAGUCAUAUGACUGCUUAAAUACAAUUAGUGAUAGAAAUCUUGAAUACACAAAAAAUAAUCACUUCAAGGACAGUCCCAUAAGUCUAGAGAAGUCUACUUCCUACACUUGUAAAGAAACGACAAAGCACAAGAAGUCUCACGACACACCAGAGAAAGUCAAAGUGGGCAGAACACCUGAAGCUAUGUGUAAAGUGACUUCACUGAUACAAGUCAAAAAGAGAGGCUGUUCUCUACGGAAUGGAAUUACUUCUCAUAAUUCUCAGUCUCUGGAGGAGACAGAAACAGAGUCCUCUGUAUCAGAUUCUUGUAACCAGAGAGAAACAAAUAGUCAAUCGCAAAGUAAAACUGAACCUUUCAGUUUGCAAACACAUAGCCAAAAGAGUAUUUCCUCAUCUGGUUCUGAGCUUAGCAACUCAUCACCUCCUCUACUGAGAAGAAAGAAUAAUAAAAGCUUCUCCUCAACACCAAGCUAUACUCAAAAAAACAGUAAAGAUGGUGAAGUCUGGUAUGGAUCUGAUGAAUAUUUAGCACUUCCUUCACAUCUCAGACAGACUGAAGUAUUAGCUUUAAAACUUGAAAAUUUGACAAAGUUACUACCCCAAAAACCAAGAAGAGAAACCAUUCAAAACAUUGAUGACUGGGAGCUGUCAGAAAUGAACUCAGAUUCUGAAAUGUAUCCAACAUAUCAGACAAAAAAGCACAAAAAAAUGGGUAGAAUUUCACCAAGCUCUUCAAGUGAUAUAGUAUCCUCCUUGGGUGACAGUAUUGAAUCUGGGCCUCUCAGUGAUAUUCUCUCUGAUGAAGAUCUUUGUAUGUCUGUAUCUUGCAUUAAAAAAUAUAUUGAAGAAAAGUCAGAAAGGACUGCUGUCACUCAGCAAACUGAGAAUGAGACUUCUGGCUCAAAUAAAUCAGCUUUAAUUCAUCAGCUGAUGCAAGAUAUACAACACCAGGAGAAUUAUGAAACUGUAUGGAAAAAAAUUGAGGGGUUUGUAAGCAAGCUUGAUGAAUUCAUUCACUGGUUAAAUGAAGCCAUGGAAACAACAGAGAACUGGACUCCUCCUAAAGCAGAAACAGCCAGCCUUAAGCUGUACCUGGAGACACACUUGAGUUUUAAGUUGAAUGUAGAUAGCCACUGUGCUUUAAAAGAAGCAGUAGUAGAAGAAGGACGUCAACUUCUUGAGCUUAUUGUAUCUCACAAAUCAGAAGGACUGAAGGACAUGCUGCAGAUGAUUGCAAGUCAGUGGAAGGAACUACAGAGGCAAAUCAAACGGCAACACAGCUGGAUUCUUAGGGCUCUGGAUAUCAUCAAAGCAGAGAUACUGGCUACUGAUGUGUCUGCAGAGAAUGAGGAAGGGACUGGGAGCCCUAAGGCUGAGGUUCAGCUAUGUUAUUUGGAAGCACAAAGAGAUGCUGUUGAACAGAUGUCCUUAAAGCUAUACAGUGAGCAGUACAACAGUAGCAGCAAGCGAAAGGAAGAGUUUGCUGAUAUGUCAAAAGUUCACACAGUGGGAAGUAAUGGCCUUUUGGACUUUGAUUCAGAAUACCAGGAGCUCUGGGAUUGGCUGAUUGACAUGGAAUCCAUUGUGAUGGACAGCCAUGACCUGAUGAUGUCAGAGGAGCAGCAGCAGCAUCUUUACAAGAGAUACAAUGUAGAAAUGUCAAUCAGGCACCCGAAAAAGAUGGAACUGCUUAGUAAGGUUGAAGCUCUGAAGAAAAGUGGUGUUUUACUACCAAAUGAUCUCCUUGAAAAAGUGGAUUCAAUUAAUGAAAAAUGGGAACUGCUUGGGAAAACCCUAGGAGAGAAGAUCCAAGACACAAUGGUUGGGCACAGUGGGUUAGGUCCACGUGACCUGCUCUCGCCUGAAAGCAGCAGCCUGGUAAGGCAGCUGGAGGUCAGGAUCAAAGAGCUGAAAGGGUGGCUGAGAGAUACAGAGCUUUUCAUCUUCAAUUCCUGUCUGAGACAAGAAAAUGAAGGAACAAUGAAUACUGAGAAACAACUGCAAUAUUUUAAGUCUCUAUGCUGUGAGAUCAAACAGAGACGUCGUGGGGUAGCCUCUGUGCUGCGAUUGUGCCAGCACCUCCUGGAUGACCAGGAGACCUGCAACCUAAAUGCAGAUCACCAGUCCAUGCAGUUGAUAAUCGUAAACCUUGAGAGGAGAUGGGAAGCCAUUGUCAUGCAAACUGUCCAGUGGCAAACAAGGCUACAGAAGAGAUUGGAAGAAGACUUGGAGCCUCUGACUGUUAUUGAUCCUAGUUUGAUGGAUCUAAAUGGCCCAAGUGAAGAUGCACUAGAAUGGGAUGAAACUGAUAUAAGUAAUAAGCUGAUCAGUAUUCAUGAAGACUUAAGUGAUCCGGAUCAGGAACUCAAGAAAGAUGAUAUAAGCCGGAAACCUGCUUCAGGAGAAUGUGGUGAUAACGAUUUGGAUGAAGAUGAAAGUGUCAGUGAUUGUGGAGGUCCUCUUUAUUGUACCAGUAUUACUUCCCCUCCAAAUCCCCACAUCUAUCAGGUCUAUAGCCUUCAUAAUAUUGAAUUCGCAGAAAAAAAACCUAUGCCUUUUUUGAAAAAAAUAUCCAAACUCUCCAAUGUAACACAGUCUAACAUUUUAAACAAAAGUCUUAGUAAAGACUCAUCAUUUUCAUCUACCAAAUCCCUGCCAGACCUAAUAGGGGGGACCACAUUGGCAAAACCGUAUAACUAUAUGUAUCAGAGUGGAAAUAUAAGCAGGCAUUCUGAGAGUGAGAGUGGGAUAGUGAGUGAAUGUGAUACAGAAACUACAAAUAAUUCAGAAUUUUUUUUGCUAAAUGAUAUUGAAAGCACUCAAAGUAAUCCUGAAAUUGGGCAUGCAGAAACUCAAGUGGAUGAUAUAGUCAAUAUAAUAAAACAAAAAAUAAAGCAAGAUGAAGAGGACCGUGCUAGUGUUCCAGAUGAUUUCCAGUUGGCAUCUUCUGCCUGUUGUGGAAGUGAAAAUGAUGAGGAUUUGGACAAUGUUACCAUGCAUAACCCUGUUUGUCCAGAAGAAUUACAAGGAAAGCAUGAUGUGUUUACAUUUUAUGAUUACUCAUACCUUCAAGGCUCCAAAUUCAAAUUACCAGUGAUAAUGAAACAAUCGCAAAUUGAAAAAACAUAUACAGAGGGCAGUGUGUUUCAUGAUUUUUGUUUUCGUAAAAUACCUGGUAAAUCUGAACAUAAGCCUGGAGAGUCACAACCAGAUGGGUUUAUUCAUGACCAUAUUCUGGCAAGUGUUCCCGGAGAAUCAGAUCCCAGUUCUUGUAAAUCUGCAGAAACUUUAAGAAAAUUAACUGUUACAGAGAAUUCAAGACAGGUUUCAACUUUAUCUUGUAGUUCUUCAUUAGAAUCUCUAUCUGUAGUAGGCGAUUUGUUUGGCUCAGGUUUUAAAAGUGGAGACGGCCUUCAGCGAAGCACUUCUUUGGAGAGCUGGCUGACUUCCUAUAAAAGCAAUGAAGAUCUUUUUAGUCACCAUGGCUCAGGGGACAUAAGUGCAAGCAGUGAUUCUGUUGGAGAGCUCAGCAAAAGGACAUUAGAUCUUUUGAAUCGCUUAGAAAACAUCCCAAGUCCUUUAGAUCAAAAGAUAAAGCACAGCAUCUCUGAUAUAACACUCCAAAGCAGCUCUCAAAAAAUGUCUUUUACUGGACAGCUGUCUGUAGAUAUUGCAUCCUCAAUCAACGAAGACUCAGCAGCUUCUCUCACUGAACUCAGCAGCAGUGAGGAUCUUUCUCUCUGCUCCGAAGACAUUGUACUCCAUAGAAAUAAAAUACCAGAUUCAAAUGCAUCAUUUAGAAAACAUCUUAAUAGAUCUGUAGCUGAUGAGAGCGAUGUCAAUGUCAGCAUGAUUGUUAAUGUUUCUUGCACUUCUGCUUGUACUGAUGAUGAAGAUGACAGUGAUUUGCUUUCAAGUUCCACCCUUACCUUAACUGAGGAAGAUCUAGGUAUCAAAGAUGAAGAUGAUGACUCCAGUAUAGCAACUGAUGAGGAUAUUUAUGAAGAAUGCAAUUUAAUUUCAGGACUUGAUUAUAUAAAAAAUGAACUCCAAACUUGGAUUAGACCAAAAUUUUCUUUGACAAGGGAGAAAAGAAAAAGCAUCCUCAGUGAUGAAAUUCAGCGCAGUAAAGAAGUUAGUAAUGUGACAUCAAAGGCCACAGAUACAUUAAGCAUCGAAACCCUAUUAAAUGGUUCAGUACAGAAAAUAUCAGAAAAUAAUGGCAAUAGCAGGAAUGUACGAUGUGAUCAUGAAAAAGGAACAAAGCAUCACCUGAUGAAAGAUAUCUCUCAGACUGUGAAAGAUCAGCUUGUGGAUGACAUGGAGAAUGGCAAUGUUGAAAAUACUCUUGGCAGUCAAAAGGAAAGCCUUGUCAGAGCAUCAGCAACUCCCAAAACUCAUGCAUCACUUGAUGUCAAAGAAGCUGAAAAUGAAUGUUGUGUCUGUGAAGCAUUUACAGACAGUUCGGAUGAUUCACGUAUGGAUGGCAAUGCUCUGUUGCCAGAUGGAUCCAGAAACCCUCUGAAAGAAUGUCAAAAUCAUCUUCAUCCUGACCAUCACUCUGGUGUUUCCUCUCCUGCUAAAAAGCCUUGUCUUGAAUCUUCCUCAGAAAUGAAUUGUGUAGACAUACAAGAUCCAGCUUUAGAAAGAGCCUUACCUAAUGGUCAACAACAUAGAAUAAACGUUGGCGAGUCUUCAGCCAAUGGUCUUGGUCCAUGCUGUAACUGUGAAUCUGCUGCUUUGAAUAAAAGAAACAUGGAAGAUGGCUCAGUACACAAUUUUGUGAGGGAGAUAAUAGACAUGGCAUCAACAGCUUUGAAAAGUAAGUCACAACCUGAAUGUGAGUCAUCUACUCCAGCUUCAUUAGCACAGAUCAAAGAAAAAGUGUUAGAACACUCUCACAGACCCAUUCAGCUAAGAAAAGGGGACUUCUAUUCUUAUCUUUCACUUUCUUCUCAUGAUAGUGACUGUGGAGAGGUAAUCAAAUACAUAGAGGAAAAGAGCAGCACUCCUGUACCACUGGACUUCACAGAUGAGAGGGAAAAUAUUGAAUGCUUUUUUGAAGCCUGUUCUGUGGAAGAAUGCAUUGAACAGCAGCAAUCCGUUUCUAAUGGUAGUCCUGAACCACAAGUCAAGCAGCAGCAACUUAUUUCAAAUAAUAUUUUUGAAACAUCUCCAGAAUCACUAGGUGAACCAACUUUAGUGUCAUUAGAAGAAGUUAAAACUUCAUCUGAAGAUAGGGACUUAUCUUUCUUAUGUGACGAUGGCAACAUUAUAAACAUCCCCAGUCCUAACAAACAAAGUACAUUAAACAAUUUGAAAAAUGCUACUGAUUAUUUGCUGAUUUCAGAUGUGGAAACUGAAGACUUGGAAAAGAAUUGUCCAGAGUUUAGCACUAAAAAGUGUAGUACAGGAAAAUCACCUGGAAUUGAGGAGCCCAAAGGAUGUGUUGCUGCUUCUGAAGAGGCUUCAGCUGUAGAGUUUCAGUUAAAGCCUGGCCAUUCACAGAAAAGGGAUGUUUUGUGUCAGAACAAUAAAACUCUUACUUGUCAAGAAAAUCUCCUGAAUCUUCAUAAGGAAAGACAUAUAAAUAUGCACAGAUAGAAUGUAACCCUUUCCAGGCACAUACAUUAUCCUAAGAACAGCUGAGCUAUGGAACUAGAAACCACUUCUACUCAUUGAUCCUGUUCUCCACACUGAGCUGACAUUACGAGUUUAUCAAAAGCACUUGAUGAAGCUGAACUUCCAGUUUUACAAGAAUUUUGGCUGACUAGUGAGUUGGAAUUCUACAAUAUUUCCAGACAAGCCAUGAAGCUGAGCAGACUGGAGAAUAAGUAGAGACAUAAAUAAUUUCUUGAUGUCAAUUUAUCAUGAUUUAAGUUCAGUAACCCAUUAUUAAGAACACAAUUAUUACAACACAGUGCUAGGCCAAAAGUUGAGAUUAUCAAAAUAAGAAAACUUUGCAACAUCAUUAAAGAAUGUAAUGUGGGAUAAGGUAGAAUAAAGACCUGAAUACCAAACCAAAUGGAAACCUAGUGCCACACAACAGUACUGGAAGCUUCAGUUCUCUUUUGUGGUAAGCAUUUUGAAACGUAAGUAAGAUGGUAGAACCUAAGAUGAAAAAUUGUCUCUAACCUCUUCUAAAGUUUGAAAGUAUUUUGAAUCUGCAGUUUCUGACCUUGCAUAAAUGUCCAACAAUAGCUGCACAUUUAGCAACAAAAUAAUAUUUACAAAGAAAUAAACUUCUGGAUCAGAUCCUAGUGUGGAGCACUGCUACUUUAAGUCUCAGUAGUUGUUUAGUGACCCAAAAGCCAGUAGAGCUGUAUAGAAUGUGAAUAGUCUUUGGAAGCACUCUUCCGGUAAACCAUAGGUAGCAUGGCAACUCAGAAUCCCACUCCAAUUCCAAAUGUUGCUGCUUGUCAGAAACUGUAACAAGGGAACUUCCGUUAAAAACACAAGGCUAAGUGUUGGGCCAGGUUUCCCCAGGAAGUUCUAGAAUCUCCAUCCUUGGAGAUUUUCAAAAUUCAAAGGGAAGUGGCCCUGAGUAAUGUGGUCUGCCUUCGAAAAUAGCCCUCCUUUGAGCAGCAGGUUGGACCAGAUGACUUUAAAGUUUCCUCCCAACCUAAGUUAUGCUGUGAGAGGAGAAAAGGCUGUUGUUAACUGCUGCCAUGAAAACCACUAGUACUCUCCAAUUGCAAAUCAUAUAACUGUAGCAGAGGAUCUGGGCCUGUUUUUACAAAACAAAUUGUUUUGCUGCUAUUAGGUAUCUAACUUUUGCGUUUCCUGUUUUUACUAUGCUUUGGGCUUUUCUUUUGCACAUAUUGACAGUUUAGCCAGCAUUCAUACAUUCUUGUAUGUACAAAUAUGUCUAGCAAAAUCUUUAGGUUAUAACAGCAAAGGUCUACAGCUUGCCACUAUCUCUUUGGACACAUAUCUAUUUGAAUAAAGGAUUAUCUCAGAAUCAUCAUAGCAAAGAGGAUAUUUCUUGAAUGGUCAUGAAACAGGAUAUUAUGACCUGCUGAUUGCCAAUAAAGUUAAUACUUGGACACAUGCAAAUAACUGGAGAAGUAAUGAAAAUCAAGUGAGAAUUACAAAACUCAUACAUAAUACUAUAUAUUAUAGAGUUACAUUAAAAGGAUUAUGUG